AUGGCUCAAGCAGCAAGACUGAAUCUCCGAAUGCAAAAAGAACUCAAACUUCUUAUCACCGAUCCUCCGCCAGGCGCUUCUUUUCCUAACCUCGAUCUUUCUUCCUCGGUUUCCCUCACCGCCAUCGAUGCGCUCAUCGAUGGUCCCGAGGGCACCGUUUACGAAAAGGGUGUUUUCAAGAUUAAGAUUCAAAUACCCGAAAGGUACCCUUUUCAACCACCAAUUGUUACAUUUAGUACUCCGAUAUAUCACCCGAAUAUUGAUACUGGAGGGCGUAUAUGUCUUGAUAUCCUUAACCUUCCUCCAAAGGGUGCGUGGCAGCCGUCUUUAAACAUUUCGACUGUUUUAACAAGCAUUGGGUUGUUACUGAGUGAACCGAACCCUGAUGAUGGCCUAAUGUGUGAAGCGAGUAAGGAGUAUAAAUACAAUAAACAAGUUUUUGACCAGAAGGCCCGUUCUAUGACCGAAAAGUAUGCUAAAUCUGAUGCAAGUCCAAAUCAUGGUGGGAAUCAAUUUGUGAAGGAUUCAGUUGUGACAGAGGAUAAAGCACCAGAACCAGUGAAAAGCGAUAUGCAUGAGUGUUCUUUAGGUUUAAGAAAGAUUUCGGGUGUUGGUAGAAAGCUGUCACUGGAACCUUCUGGUUCACACACAGAGGAGAAUGAUAGUAUGGGGAUGAAUGAGGGUCCUUUGUGCAACUUUGGUUGCCAAUCACAGAUUCAAGAACCCAAACGAGAUUCCGAAGACAUGUCAUUUGAGGAUGUUAAAAGUAAUUUUAUGACCACAGUGAACUCUGAUCAUUACCAAGAUAACAAAACGCCAGCUAUUAGCUCGAAGAAACUAUGUCUUUCUGGCAAGAAUCUACAACAUAAAGUCCCAGUUUCAACCAAAAAUCCUGAUGUAGCUGACAAGAAUGCGAUAUUUAUGACCCUGAAAUGUGCCAAAUCCAAUGAAAGUCCAGAUCAUGGUGGGAAUCAAUUUCUCGCAGAUUCAAGCACGACAGAAGUUAAACCACUGGAAACGGUGAAAACUGAUAUGCACGAGUAUGCUGUAGGGUUAAAAAAGAUUCCAGGGAUCAGUAGGAAGCUAUCACUGAAUGCUUCCGUAUCAAACACAAGAGAGAGUGAAAUAGGGAUGAAUGAUGGGCUUUUAAACACAAUAAAUAAUCGAUCACAGCUUCAAGAACCCAAGCAAGGUUUAAAAGGCACCACAUUUCUCCAUCAACAACUUGAUCAAGAUAAGAAAGGACCAGCCUUUAGCUCGAAGAAACUAUGUCUUUCUGGCAAGAAGCCGCAACAUGAAGUCUUAGCUUCAACCAAAAGAACUAAUGACACAAUGCCUCCUGGCCCACAAAAGAGGAAUAUGCUACCAAUAUCUGACGCAAAGGCACAUGGUGAUCAAAAGGUUCAAAAGCUUACAGGUAGCCGUAGAAAGCUAUCACUGAGUACUUCAGGAUCAAACACUAGAGAGAGUGAAAGGAAAAUGAACGAGGCACCCUUGAAGACUGUAAGUCAAUCACAGAUUCAACAACACAAACAAGAUUUAAAAGGCACCACAAUUCCCCAACCACAACUUGAUCAAGAUAAGAAAGCACCAGCCUUCAACUCUAGCAAACUACGUCUUUCUGGCAAGAAUCUACAACAAGAAGUUUUAGAUUCAACCAAAAGAACUAAUGACACAAUACCUUCUGGCCCACAAAAGGAGAACAUGCUACUCAUAUCCAAGGCGACAGCACAUAACGAUCAAGAGGUUCAUAAGGAAUCAACCGAAAAAAGUUGCUUUGGUAACACAAAAUGCAAGAAGCUAGGUUUGACUGGUAUAAAACCCUCUUUCGGUUUUUUAAGCUUAGCCCAGGAUAAAGAAAACAAUGAUAAGGUUCACACAGUUUCAGGUGGGAAUAACAUGAAAAAGCCACAAACUAACCGAUCUUAUAAAGGCAAACCAGGGGAAAGUGGUGCUAUUUCAACUGGUUUAAAACUUUCCCGAAAGCCACUUCAGUCACUGGAAGAAAAGCAUAACAAGAACAUGAAUAUAAGACUGGAUGCUGAAACUGUGAAUACAGGUGCUUCCAAACAGCAUGGUGAAAGAUCAGACAAAGACAAUUUGGAAGGAAUGUGUGAUUCUGAAGGAGUGAUUGUGCUGGACAGUGAAGAUAGUGAAGAGGAAAAAACAGUGAAAUCAAGUUCUAGACGUUUGAUUGGACGAAAACGCUUGCUGGGUAAAUGCUAAGCGUUUGGCUUUUGUUGAAAUUGAUUGAAGUCAUUAUGUGCACAUGUGGGAAUUUAUUGUGAAAAUGUUCUUCAGCUUUCAAACCAUCCUGUUAGGUGCUGUAUAUAUUUUCCACUGGAUAUAAUAAGUUCCGGUGUUUAUAGAUAAUGUGUACUACAGUGUUAUGGGAGUUGGAAAGGAUUUGAAGUCUGAGGAUGUCAAGAACAUGUUACUUGACCUGAAGCUUGCAUCUCCUUAUCUUUGUGUGAUUAAAAUUUUUGCCUGUAAUUGUAAAAAUUAAAAGUCCCAGUAGUUUUCUUAAAAACUAAUCAACAUUCAUUAUACCAGAUGAUUUGGAAAUUGCAGAUUCGCCUUACAGUUCUGUUA